UUAGAGGUUGGCUUCACACAAAGGAGCAAGCGGCUGGAAGACGGUACGCCAGGGAGAGCCAAUCACCGUGGCGGCCCAGUGAUAAAAGGGCUCGCGAGGCGGCCGUGGGAGCUCGCAGGAAACAGCUUUCAUUCUCACAACCCAGCGUCUGCAGCGGGGAGAAGGGGAGCGAGAGCACCCUGCCGUCAGGGACAGCCGGACACGGCCACCCAGCCACCCCAGCAGGGUGAAAGCCUCCUGUUCGGCAUCGCCGUGAGGAGCCCAGGCAUAUGGUGUUGCAAGACGUCUGUCUUAGACACUUCCCUAGGGAACAUUGGCCCAUCAACUUCAAGCUCAGGAUUAAACAGACGGAGAAGGGGAAAGAAUCAUGUUCCAGGCCACGGGACCUGCCAGCCCAACCCCAACUCAUGAGGCAAAGAACAGCUCAGGAGGCAGCACGGUGCAGCGCUCCAAGUCCUUCAGUCUGAAGGCACAAGUGAAGGAGAUGUGCACUGCCUGCCAGAAAACUGUCUAUCCCAUGGAGCGGCUGGUGGCGGAUAAAUUCGUCUUUCACAACGCCUGCUUCUGCUGCAAGCACUGCCACACCAAGCUGAGCCUGGGCAGCUACGCAGCGCUCCACGGGGAAUUCUACUGCAAGCCCCACUUCCAGCAGCUCUUCAAGAGUAAAGGCAACUACGACGAGGGCUUCGGGCGCAAGCAGCACAAGGAGCUGUGGGUGCACAAGGAAGUGGAGAGUGGGACCAAGUCGGCGUGAGCAGGGCCAGCCCACGCUUCCCUGGAGCCCAGAAGAGAGGGCACGGAGCAGCGCUGAGCUGGGGGCUAACUGAGCUGAUGUAAAGCAAUGGGGACCAAAAGCCUGUGGAAGGGAAGGGAGGCAGCCCAGCCCUCUUUGGAGGACGCUUAGAGUGGUCCAUAAGGACGGGGCAGAGAGGACCGCGGUAGAGUCCCCGUACUUGAAGCUCUCUCUGUAGGCCCCUCUCCCUAACGAGAUCAGAAGACCAGAAGAACUUGCCCCUAUGGGAACCCCAGCCCUGUUCAUACGUUUCAGGGCUUCCACCAUGGAAAAGGACAUGAUCUGGGGGCUUUACCUAGUCUAUAAGUCACAGCAGAGCUCCCAGCUCCUGCCACACCAAUCCUGCCUUGCUGGGGCUCCUAAUAAGGAGGGUCCUUGGUUUACAUCAGCUCAGUUCAGCUGGGAUUGUUCAGCCUUAAGGAUGUUGCCCUGCAACUGUUUCACAGUGUCUGUCUUUUUUAUAUUUGCCUUUGACUGGUACGUUCUGCGCUGGAGCCUGGCAAGUCAGCUUCACCUGUGACACCGCGCCAUGUGCUCUUUUAUUUUUGUAAUACAAGGUUUCCGAGCCUUCCCUACCUUG